ACGCGCCUGCAUCGGCGAUACCAACGGCUGAAACACAUCAAAGGGCCCCUUCUCGCCGCCUUCACGGAUCUCUGGCGGGCCCGCAUCCAGUUCUUCGGGCCCAUCCAGCCGAUGCUGCUCGGGCUCCACAGCAAGUAUGGUCCCGUCGUCCGCGUCGGCCCCAACACGGUCAGCUUCAGCGACCCGGCCGACAUGAGCAUUGUGUUCUCCGCCCGGAGCGGCUUCGCCAAGGUACGCCUCCCUUUCCAUCGGCUUGCAGACUCGUACGGGGGGCUGCGGGCCUUUGUCGGCGGCAAGUCGGUGGGCAGCAUCCUGGACAUGGGCGACGACGAGAACCGGGCGGUGCGGCGCGCCAUGGGCAACACGUUCGUGACCAAGAACCUGCUGUGCUACGAGGACGACGUCGACGCGACGCUCGCCACGCUGCUGCAGACGCUGCGGCGGCGGGCCGCAGCCGGCACGCCCUUCGACCUCUUCCAACUCCUACAACUGUUCCAGCUCGACUUCCUACUGCGCAUGGCCUUCAGCGAGGACCCCGGCCACCUCCGCCACGAGCGCGACGUCAUCGGCAUCGCCAAGGUGACGCACCGGCGCGUCGCCCACUGGUACGCGUGGCAGCCCGUCCCGGCCCUCGAGCGCUUCGUCUUCCAGAACCGGCUGUGGAGCGAGCGGCUGCUGGCGCUGCUCAGCCUGCUCGGCCGCACGCCGUCGCUGACGCGCUGGCACACCGAGGGCGCCGCGCGUGUCGCCGCGCGACAGCAACAACACCAGCAGAAACAGAAACAAGAAAAACAACAGCUCGACGAAGAAGAAGACCCCAGCCACCGCCCUGACCUGCUCGCGCGCUUCUUCGCCGCCAGCGCCGCGCACCCGUCGGCCAUCCGCCCCGCGAGCCUGACCGGGCUCGUCAACUCGACCAUCUCGGCCGGCGCCGACACGACCACCUCGACGCUGGCCAUCAUCAUCUACUGCCUCGCGCAGGCGCCCGCGGCACUCGCCCAGCUGCGCGCCGAGCUCGCCGCCGCAGGGCUGACCUUCCCCGCGGGCUACGCCGCCGUCGACGCCACGGCCCUGCCGUACCUCGACGCCGUCAUCAAGGAAGCCAUGCGGCUGUUCCCCAACUUCGCCAUGCUCUUCGAGCGCGUCGUGCCCGACGACCACGGCCACCCUGCCGACCACGAGGGUGCGUGUCCGGCCUGCUGCCGCCUGGCCAAUGGCAAAGUGGCGGUCCCGCCCGGCACCGUCGUCGGCUGCGCGCCUCUUGUCGUGCACCGCGACGAGGCGGUUUUCGGGGAGCAUGCGGACGCGUUCCGCCCCGAGCGCUGGCUGCCGAAGCCCGGCGAGCCUGCGGAUGCGGCUAGGGAUAGGAUUGUUGUCAUGGAGCGCACGACCAUGGCUUGGGGCCUGGGGAGUAGGACGUGUCUGGGCAGGCAUGUCGCGGAGAUGGAGAUGAAGAAGGUGGUGCCAAACUUGGUGUCGGUUUUUGAUUUUGAGCUGUGCAACCCGAAGGCGGAAUUGAAGUUCGAGAUGGGUGUGCUGGACGGAGAGUUGAGUCCGAUCAUGGUGACG